AUGAUGGACAAUUUAAAAUUUGAUUUUUAUAAACGUUUUGACAAUUUGGAUGAACAAUUCCAAAAGAAGUUUGACCAGCUAGCACAAAAAUUAGAUAACAUUUACGAAUCAAAUGCUAUUACAUCAAUAAUGAAUAAGAUUCGUGCAGAUCAUAAUUUAGAAAUACCAUUCUUACCAACAAACCGGAUAUUUUAUUCAAGUUAUUCGGCGAAGAGCAAAAUGUUAUUUAGUGAAUUCGAACAAUAUCUUAUUGAAAAUCAUAAGGAUCGAUGGACAAAACAAUACAAUCCUAUUUUACUAUCGAUGAAACCUCAACAACUUGAAUUUUAUAUCCUCGGCUUCGCAUUCGAACAUACAAAAGAACAGCGUCGCAUUAUUAAAUCUUCUAAUAUUGAAUCAGUUAAUACGACUUCAUCAGGUAAUUAUCUUGGGUCGUUCGAAGCCAAUACUAUUAUUUGUGGUGAAGUGACAACAUCAACUCUCACCUUCAACAACAAUGAUUUAUUAUUACUUGAAAAGAAUAUUUCUUCGAAUUCAUCUAAUCCACAAACAACACAAGCAACAUUCAAGCUUUUAAAUAAACUUAUUCAACUUGAACGUUGUGUGGCGUUUAUUCUAAAAUAUUACAAAAAUAUAACACUUGAAUAG